UCUUCUUCCGCCCUAAAUCUCUAAAAUCUCCACCGGAAGUUCGGAAAUGGCGCCUCGUUGUCUCUUCUUUUCCCUCAUCUUCAUCGCUCUUUUCCUCUCUGCAUUGGCUCGAAACACUAAAGAAAAAUGCGUGUACACAUUCUACGUGAAGACAGGUUCAGUACUGAAGGGAGGAACGGACGCCAUAAUCAGCGUCACAAUCAGCGACGCAAAUGGCCAACCGGUGGAGAUCGCAGAUCUGGAAUCUUGGGGGCUGAUGGAAAAAAACCAUGACUAUUUCGAACGAGACAAUGUCGACAUAUUCAGUGGGCGGGGCCCGUGCAUCGAAGCGCCGUUGUGUCGAUUGAACCUGACCUCCGACGGAUCAGGCGCCCACCACGGCUGGUUUUGCGACUAUCUGGAGGUGACUUCGACUGGGCCUCACAGAUCCUGCUCCCAGACGGCGUUUUAUGUGGACCAGUGGCUGGCCACCGACGCGCCGCCAUUUCAGCUGACGACGAUUCUGGACGGAUGUGAUGAUUGGAUCAAGGGACAUGGAGAGUCGAGGCAUACGAGUAGCGGAAAGCUGGUGGUCUCCGGUUCCAAAGGAUCUGCUUCGUUGUAACGGAAUGCGAUCGAAAAGUGAGUCGUAUAUAUGGAUGUUUGGAAGUGAUUUUACAUCUUAAUUUAAAUUAAAUAAUGGGCAUUUUCUUACGUCAUUUCCCGAAUUUCCACGUUUUUUCUUCUGGGUGUGAGAUGUAAAUUUCUUCGUCCGACUACGAUUAUAUAUUUUUUAGAUUAUACGUGA